AUGGCAUCUGCUGAAAUGGACUCAAAAUCAGAAACUACCAACACUGUGCUGGAAUGUCCAGAACAGGAGCAGAUCUGCAACAUUAUGAGUUUCUCACAGCGUGGACGAAUGGAUGAACAGCGUUGCACCUUGGGUCCUGUUAAAACUGCAGAACUCAAAACUACACCUGCAGGUUCAAACCAUGAGGAGCUCUGCCAUUCCUUGGACAACAAGCAGGGAGAAAGUCUUGAUAACCUGAAGGAACCUGGGCGUGAUAACGAUCAUGGCUCUGCACCUCAGAUUUCUGUGACAGAGAGUACUCCAGACACAAACAGGAAACUUGUGUUACCAGCCAACCAAUUACAGGUUCCCUCUCAGCGUGACUGCUCCAACUCCGCAGAUUCACCAGAGGAACAGCAAAAGUUCAUGAAUAUGAUCAGCCAUUGCCAGCGUGGACGCAUGGAUGACCAGCGCUGUUCCUUGGAUCCUAUAAAGAGUGCUCCCUGCACACCAAAGAACACAGACAGAAGGCUUGCUACAAGUACAGUAAACACAGGUCCAGAUUCUGAAAUGUUCUUUAGCCUCUUGGCAAACACUCAGAGCCGACGGCUCGAUGACCAGAGAGUGUCUCUUCCAUCAUUACCAGGAUUAAAGAAAGAAAGUAAACCGUCUACGGCAGGAGGAGAUACGAACUACUUGUGUUACAUGGUCUCUAAAGUCCAGGGAUCCAGAAUGGAGGACCAAAGGUGCUCGCUACCUCAAAUCCUAACCCCAGGGACCCAGUGUUCACCAAAAAAGGAUAAGGAUGAUUCUGAUUUAGGCCCUCCACGCUCAGCCUCCUUCAGCCCCAGCUCAGACGUAGAACGACCAAAGAGUAAAGAUAAAGCAUCUCAAAAACAGGUCUUGACUCCAGCUGAACAGGAAGAUUUUUUUAACUUAAUGAGUCAUUUCCAGCGUGGGAGAAUGGAUGAGCAGCGAUGUGUCUUAAAUGUUAGUCCCCAGUCCACACCCAGACACAAGCCCAGUCAGAGCACCGUGCCCAAAGGUCCGGAUUCUGAAAAGUUCUUCAGCCUGCUUGCCAACUCUCAAGGCCAACGGCUUGAUGACCAGCGAGUGUCUCUUCCUUCAUUGCCAGGGAUACAGAAUGGAGGUACCACAUCAAAAUCAACUGCUGCAGAGAGGGAUGCAAGCUACUUGUGUUACAUGGUCUCCAAACACCAGGGGUCAAGGAUGGAUGAACAGAGAUGUUCUGCACCCCAAAUCUUCCAGAAUGUGGGUACUCCAUCCACUCAGCACAAAGACCAUCCCAUUUCAGACGCAUCUGAUAAAGCUCCCCAGAGUGCUGCGUCCUUAAACCAAGCCAAAACUGACCAGCAUCGGCAGGAAGCAUCUGCAGCUGACCAGAAGCAGUUUUUCAAAAUGAUAAGUCAUGCACAAAGUGGACGUAUGGAAGAGCAACGUUGCUCUUUACAACCAAGCAGAAGCACACCUGCCUCACCCACACACAAUGGAAGAACUUUAAAUAAUGCAACCACAGGUGCAGAAGCUGAUGCAUUCUUCAAAAUCAUUGCCUCCAGUCAGGCACGACGGCUAGAUGAUCAGCGUGUUUCGCUUCCUACCCUUCCAGGCAUAAGUGGGAAUUCUGAAAGAAAAGAAAAAGGUAGAAAUACAAAGGCUGGAACCCCAGCUUGUCCACCACAAAUCACUGUGGCUGAAAGUACACCAACAACACCAAGGAAGGGCUUUUCCAGACCUACCUCUCAAGCCGAAAUGGCUAAUGCAGGAUCCGGCUCCCCGGGAGCUCUGCCCAAAUCUGCUUCAUUUACCCCCAAAACAGAAUAUCAGAAGAAUCUAAAUUCCCCAGGACAGGUGACAGUAAAGGUGUCCAUGAGUUUCACACCACAGCAGGGACAGGAGAAUGCUGAUCAACCAUGCACAUUCCCAGAGGUCUUCCUCACUCUAGGAGCCCCAGGAGAUAACCUUGUGAUUCCUCUGAGCCCAGGACCUGGCAGACCCCUGUCCUUCAACUUAAACCUUGUGCCAAAAGAAGUCGUUAAGUCCAGGCACUGCUCUCCAAGACAUGCAAGUCCCAGGGAAGCCUGCUCAAGACCGUCAUCUCCCAACCCAGGUGCAACCAGUAAAGCACAUCCUGUGACUUCAUGCACACAUGAACAGGGGAUGCUAUCUAUCAGUCCAGAUGAAGACUGCUUCUCUCUGAUUGAAAAGAUUCAUACAGCCCAGUUGCAGAAAGGGAUGGCUCAAGGAGGACAAACAUAUAAAGGGGAUCCUGGAAAAGGGAGGGAAAAGGCAGAGCAAGGAAAGGGAAAGGGGGGUGGAAAUAAAGAUAGGAAGGAUGGUGGCAAUAAACAAUAGUAAGGUAUGCAACAUUGUAAUUUAUCUACUGGGGAAAACAAUAAAGAUGAAAUGUGAGGUGUCAGUAAAUUGCUUGUAAAAUAAUUGAUUCAACAAUGUUUGUAAAAUUGUAUUUGUAGUUUUCAUAUGCUCACAGUAAUUAGAGUCUCUUGCUGGAGUAACGCUCAAGUUUAUUGUGUUUAUUUUCAGUACUAGGUAGGUUAUCUGUUGAGGCAUUUUUAUCAUCUCUACUAGUUAAAUGUUCCAUAUAUAUACAUUGUGUAUGCAUCAGUGGUGUAGGUGAGAAGUCAUUGCUCUGCUUUUUCAAACGUAAAUGCAGUGUAUGCAGUCAAAUAUAAUACUGCUUCAGCUGCUUAUCCGAAGAGAGAAACUUUAGGUAGG